AUGGAUUUCCUCCUCACGCCUUAUCUCGUUGCUGGUAUCUGCGCCGCUCUAGUUGUAGCAUGUUCGUUCAAGCUUCUUAGGCGUCCAAACCUCGAUCACAUCCCUGUCGUAGGCCACUCAAGUUUAUUGGCAUCGUACUGGUUCACAAAGGGACUUGAAGUCGACCACACUGAUCGGUUUGUGCAGGAGGGAUACGAUAAGUACAAAUCUGGAGCAUUCAGGGUCGCUAGCUUGACCCAUUGGGUCGUCUAUUUGCACCGCAGUCACCUUCAGGACGUGGCGAUGACUCCCGAAGAUCACCUUUCAUUUAACCACGCAGCAGACAACGCAUUCAGAACAGAAUAUACGUUCGGCUUGAAUAUUAACGAUGAUUAUCAUCUACCCCUUAUUCGAUUGACUCUUAGUCGCAACCUUCCAGUUUUAUAUGCAGACUUGAGGGACGAGAUCGUUGCUGCAUGCAACGAAUACCUUGAUUUAAAGCACAAUGAAUGGAAAACCAUCUCAGCGGUACAAGCCACUCUCAAGAUUGCGAGCAGGGCAAGCAAUCGGAUCCUUGUUGGCCUCCCUCUUUGCCGUGACUCAGAUUGGCUCGAUAUGAAUAUAAAUCUCCCUCGUGCAGUUGUGGACGAAGCAAGAUUUUUGAGACUCUUUCCUAGUUUUAUGGUACCACUAGUUGCAAAGUUUGUCACCAAUCUCUCUGAACGGACCAGACUGGGGUUCGCUUUUCUUGGUCCGGUGAUUAAAGAACGCCUGCAACAUAUGGAAGCGGAAGGCACCGACUGGGACAAUAAACCUAAUGACUUCUUACAGUGGUGCAUGGAUAGUAAGGAGGAGACUUCGCUGACUUCAUUGACACGGCGUAUCAUUGCUAUUAAUUUUGCUGGCAUUCAUACAACCUCGAACACUUUCUCUGAGGCGCUGUUAAAUCUUGCAGAAAAUCCACAAUAUGCACAGGCACUCCGCGAAGAGGUCGAGGCAGUUGUUAGUAAUUACGGCUGGACAAAAGAGGCUCUUUCGAAAAUGCGAAAAGUCGACAGUUUUUUGAAAGAGACUCAGCGUUUUGAAGGCCUUUCAGUUUUGGGCCUUUCGCGGAAAGCAAUGAGUGACAUCACACUCGCUGAUGGAACCUUCAUCCCUCAAGGAACCUUUUUGGCCUUCCCGGCGCACGCCAUGCAUCACGAUGAUGCAGUGUAUGAAAACCCAAAUGUGUUUAAGCCGUUUCGAUUUGCCGACAUGCGAAACAAAGAGUUUGAGGGUUCUAGGCAUCAGAUGGUCGCUAUAACCCCGGAUUUGUUAUCAUUUGGCUUGGGAAGACAUACAUGCCCUGGCAGGUUUUUUGCAGCUACCGUGCUCAAAACUAUGUUGGCGCAUAUUGUCAUGUCGUAUGACGUCAAGCGGGGAAAUGAUGAAAGUCGUCCAAAUACCCUGCACGUGGGGCGCGCUAUUGUGCCCAAUCCCACGGCCAAGGUCAUGUUCCGGAGAAGAGAAGAAUGA